GACUAGGACUAGGUGGUGGUUGCCAGGGGUGGACUAGUACUUGGUCUGGCUAGCCAUGGUGGUUCAUUUUACUGUCUAGCUUUAUAUACUCUUUAUCAACUUGUAGAUUAUCAUAGUGAAAAUGUAUUUAGAAAUGGUUGUAAAAUCAAAUUGGGUGGAUUUUUUUCAUUUUAGACCAUGUCGUAGGGUAUACGUAUCCUGUCUAUGUUUAACUUUUUUUUAUCAUUUAUGAGUUUGUGUGCUCUAGCAGACUAGUAGUAGAAUGAAUGUACCAUUUUUGUAUGUGUGGAGCCUUGUUCUUCUCGUUUUUGAUCUCUAGAGUUGAAAAAGAAAACACAUUUAACUUUUUUUACCACAACGAAACGACGGCGUUUUAUUCAUUUUACUACAUAAUACGACAAAACUUGCUCAGUAAGAUUUGAUCGCUGGGGGUUUUAUUACUGAACACACUUUAAAACAGAGAAAAAAAAAAGCAAAAUUGGAAUCGCAAUCCGAAGAAGACAACUUGUUGUCUAGCCUUCUGGGAAACGCCAAAAAAAAAGAGGAAGAACAAUUAAUUUCUUGCAAUUGAAGUCUGGAGAAAGAGAACAAACCCUAGUAACAAAGUUUGGUCUUUUGCUUUAAUGGAUCGCGGUUCUGUGGCUGCUGAGUCCUCGCCGUCUACAGCGACUGCGCCGAGUACUGCCGUGGCGGCGACGGCGCUUGCUCCCGGGUUCCGAUUUCAUCCCACUGACGAGGAACUCGUGAGCUAUUACUUGAAGCGAAAGGUUCUGGGUAGACCAGUGCGGUUCGAUGCGAUUGGGGAUGUCGAUAUCUACAAGUACGAGCCUUGGGACUUAGCAGUGUUUUCGAGGUUGAAGACAAGGGACCAAGAAUGGUACUUCUACUGCGCGUUAGACAAGAAGUACGGCAACGGCGCUAGAAUGAACCGAUCCACCAACAUAGGCUACUGGAAAGCCACCGGAAAAGACAGAGAGAUCCGCCGCGCCGAUCAGAUCCUCGGUAUGAAGAAGACGCUCGUUUUCCACAGCGGGCGUGCCCCGGAUGGGCUCCGGACCAACUGGGUCAUGCACGAGUAUCGCCUUGUGGACUAUGAAACCGAAAGCAACGGAAACUUGGUGCAAGAUGCAUAUGUGUUGGUCAAAGUGUUCCACAAGAAGAACAUUGGACCACCAAGUGCGAACAGAUAUGCGCCGUUCAUUGAAGAGGAGUGGGCUGAUGAUGGAGUAGUUAGAGUCAGGGCAGAGCCGUUACCAGUAGCCAAUGGAAACAACCAGAUGGGCGAGUCAGAAAGCAAGGAGCUUAUUAACAUCAACGAGACACCAAGAGAGGCUACUCCAAUGGAUAUGGAAGUUAACCAUCAGGAGAAUGCUCUCAAGCCGCAGGAGAAUAACAACAACAACAACAACCAUUGUGAUGAAGAUGAGAAAGCACUCAAACGUGAGCACGCAGAUGAGGUUGAGUGUCCUCCUCCUCCUCCGUUACCUCUCCUCCAAUACAAACGCAGACGCCAAAACGAAUCCAACAACAAAAACUCAAGCAGGACCACACCGGAGUCGUCCACAACAACAACCUUAAUAUCAUCAUCUGCUGCUGCCACCAGCACCGCCAUCUCUGCAUUGCUUGAGUUCUCCCUCAUGGAUAUCUCCGAGAAGAAACCUCUUCACAAGGAAGGUUCUCCUCCUACUCCACUUCCAUCUCCUGAAGAGAAGAUGCUUAACGAUCUACAUAAGGAGAUACACGAGAUGUCUGUUGAGAGAGAGACUUUCAAGCUUGAGAUGAUGAGUGCAGAGGCUAUGAUCAGUAUUCUCCAGUCCAGGAUCGAUGCACUGCGUCAGGAAAACGAUGAGCUGAAGAAGAACAGCGACAAGGGACAAGGAACGCUCUAAAAAACAUAACUCUAGGUUUCUUCUUCUUUGCAUUUUAGCUUCUUACAUUAUGAGGUAGCUUCAGUAGAACGGAUUGUGAACCGUGUGAAUGGCUGUUGUAAAAUUAGGAUAUUUUCCUUCUUUUUUUGGGGGGAUGUUAAUGCAUCUUUCUUGACUCUCUUAUCGGCUUUUAGCUUCUGGUGCUCUAUCAUAAAAAUGGUGUAUGUGGUUUUGAUGCUGGUGAAUAGGAAUGGGAAGAUACUGAACGACUUGAGAGGAGACAUGACAAGACUUCAGCAAGGAAUGAGACAUAUGCAGAGAUGACUUCAGAAACUUGUAAUGACUAUGCAGUCUUAGCUGCAGCGUUUGGUUCAGACAAGAGGUCUCUGCAGCUUUAAACCGAUCGAUCAUCCGGUGACCAAGGUUUUUUUUUAUUUGUGCAUACAGAUUCACCAUUUCAUGAUUAAUAUAACUAAUAUUGUGUUAAAAAUUAGUUAAUUACAUACUUAUGCAUGGUUCAUUGAUCUAUAUAGAAAUAGUAAUAAUAUCUUCGACGAA